AUGUUUAACCCUGAUUUCAGACAAGCCAAUUUAGAAGGAGAGACAGCUCUACACGUUACUGGUAAUGUUGAGGUUUUUGAUUAUAUAGUGGGCAUUGGUCUCAACGUUGAAGCUCGUAAUAAGUAUGGCUACACACCAUUUCUCAGGGCAUGUCGUUAUGGUCGUUUAUCUGUAGUACAACGUCUUAUUCGAUCAAAAACUGACAGAAACAAAGCGAUAGGAUUCCAGAACAUGAAUAUAGAUAAGCAGGGUUCGAAUAAUGUGUUUGAAUCUGGUCGCCAGUUUGGCCAUGUAGAGGAACAGUUGGUUGCCAAACUUUCACUCGUUUCUAGUUCAGAGAUUCCAGAAAAUGGAUCAACAGCAUUACAUCUGAUCUGUUCAGAGUAUGGUCUUAAGAAUGACCAUUUAUCAAUUGUCAAGCUGUUGACAUCAUUGAGAGUUGAUGUGUCAGCUAAGAACAAUUUGUUCUUUGAGCUCUAA